AUGUUUCUCUUCGAUAUUAUUCAUCCAAUACAGGUCGGUUUCCCAUCAGUUGGCAAAUCAACACUUCUAUCCGAGCUAACCACAACACGUAGUGAAACAGCAGCAUACGAAUUCACAACACUCACAUGUAUACCUGGUGUUUUAGAGCACGAAGGUGCCAACAUUCAAUUGCUCGAUUUACCUGGUAUUAUCGAAGGUGCUUCACAAGGAAAAGGUCGUGGCAGACAAGUGAUUGCUGUCGCUAAAACAGCAGAUUUGAUACUGAUGAUGCUUGACGCGGUGAAGGGUGAAAUGCAGAGAGCGCUUCUGGAACAGGAAUUGGAAGCGGUUGGUAUUCGUUUGAAUAAACGACCUCCGCAUAUCUAUUUGAAACAAAAGAAAGUGGGUGGUGUCAAAUUCACGCAUACACUUCCACUGACGCACUGUCACGAGAAACUGGUGAUGACCAUACUUCACGAGUAUAAAAUAUUCAACGCUGACGUUGUGUUUAGGGACGAUUGCACGUUA